CCUCUUCCCAACAUGGCGGCCUCAGCUAAGAAGAAGAACAAGAAGGGGAAGACCCUGACUCUGACAGACUUUCUGGCCGAGGAUGGUGGUGGUGGCGGUGGUGGUGGUGGCGGCGGUGGUGGUGGCCCCACCUAUAUUCCAAAACCAGUCAGCUGGGCAGAUGAGACAGACGACCUGGAAGGAGAUGUUUCCACCACCUGGCAUAGCAACGAUGAUGACAUGUACCGAGCCCCUCCGAUUGACCGUUCCAUCCUGCCCACUGCACCCCGGGCAGCUCGGGAGCCCAAUAUUGACAGAAGCCGUCUCCCAAAAUCACCCCCCUACACUGCCUUUCUGGGAAACUUGCCCUAUGAUGUAACAGAAGAUUCUAUCAAGGAGUUUUUCAGAGGACUUAAUAUAAGUGCUGUUCGUUUACCACGAGAGCCUAGUAACCCAGAGAGGUUGAAAGGAUUUGGAUAUGCUGAGUUCGAAGACCUGGACUCCUUGCUCCGUGCUUUGAGCCUCAAUGAAGAGUCUUUAGGGAAUAGGAGAAUACGAGUGGAUGUGGCCGAUCAAGCUCAGGAUAAAGACAGGGACGACCGCUCUUUCGGUAGAGAUCGUGAUCGCAACCGGGAUUCGGAAAGAUUCGAGACUGACUGGAGGGCUCGUCCUGCUACAGAAAGCUUUGAUGACUACCCUCCCCGCAGGAGCGAGGAUAGCUUCGGAGAUAGAUAUCGGGACCGUGAUCGUUACGAUUCGGACCGGUAUCGCGAUGGUCCCCGAAGAGAGAUGGGCAGUUUUGGGGGCAGAGAUCGUUACGAUUCGGACCGUAGAGACUACGAUAGGGGAGGUUUCGACUCAAGGUCAGGCAGUGGCAGGAGAGCCUUUGGCAGUGGAUACCGUCGAGAUGAUGAUUUCAGGGGCGGUGGCGACCGCUACGAGGAUCGUUACGAAAGGAGAGAUGACCGGAUGGAUAGGUGGAGCGCACCACGGGAUGAUUAUUACAGGGAUGACAGCCGGCGGGAUGAUAGAGGUUCCACUCAGAGGCCUAAAUUGAACCUGAAGCCCAGGAGCACCCCCAAGGAGGAAGAUACAUCCGUCGCUCCUGCGACCCAGUCUAGCCGUGCAGCCUCCAUCUUUGGAGGGGCCAAGCCUGUGGACACAGCGGCGAGAGAGCGCGAAGUUGAGGAGAGGCUACAGAAGGAGCAGGAGAAGCUGCAGCGUCAGCUGGAGGACGAUAAGCCCAGGCUAGAGCGACGACCCCGGGAGCGGCACCCUAGCUGGCGUAGCGAAGAGAAUCAAGAGCGAUCGCGGACAGGGAGCGAGUCGUCGCAGACUGGCAGCACAACCCCGUCUGUGGGAACAGGCCCGACAGGAAGAACCUCACGAAGGAGGGAGAGCGAGAAAUCCUUGGAGAACGAAAGUGUCAGCAAAGAGGAGGAAGGCCUGUCUCCCACCUCCAAGAGUCCCCGGGAGGAGAAGCUCCCCCUGAAGGUGAUGCCGGCUCCUCCGCCAAAAGAGAAUGCUUGGGUGAAACGCAGCAGCAACUCGCACCCGGCACGCUCCCAAAGCUCAGACUCGGACCAGCAUUCCCCUACCAGUGGAAGCCAGACUGCGCCAUCCCUACAGUCAGAAGAUGGAGUACCCCCCAUGAACACCCCAAGGAAAGGAGAUGAAAACAGGCCCGACGGGGGGAAAGAGAGCGGUCCGAAGAGCCGAAGUGAAAGCUCUGGCCGUGGUCCCGGAGAUGGAGGCAGCAGAGACCAUUGGCAAGAUUCGGAUAGGAAAGAAAGCAAGGAUCACGACUCCGGAUCUCCGUCUGAGCCAAAGAUGUUUGAAGAGAACCCUGUCCCUAAAUUUAGCCAUGCUAGCAAGUAUGCUGCUUUGUCAGUGGAUGGCGACGACGAAACCGAGGGAGACGAAUACGCCGACUAAAUUCUCCAGUCCCUCUAUUGCCGUCUCCUAACCGGUUGCCACCCAGGAACAUUCGGAGAGCAAAACCAAACCUUUAUUCAGACAAGACAGAAAAAAAACAAAAAACAAAAUAAAAGCCUACAAGUCAACAUCUCCUGGGAGAGACUUUUCUUAAAAACCUUUCUUUUAAAAAACAAAAAGGAAUCAAAAAAUUGUUAAGUUUCUCUUGCAUGCUGCUGCAGCCUUUAAAGUAUUGAACUAACUGGAGAAAUCCCUGCAAAACAAAAGGAAAAGUGUAGCAAGAGAGGAAAAAA